CGAUCAGUGACCCCAUAUCACGUUAAACCAGGUUUUUUGGUGUUCAGAAUCGGUCAAGAUGCUCAGAGAAGUAAAACCGAAGAAUGCGCGCACAGCGCGCAUCCUGAAGGCCAAAGAACCUCAGCUCAUCGAACCCCCCAAGCGCACGCUGUUGCUGCACGGCUCAAAAUGUCCGCAAGCUUUACACACUGUUCUGAAGACCUUCCAUUCCUUGACAAGACCGGAUUCAGUCCUAUUUCACAAGAAGAACGAGAACAUUCACCCGUUUGAGAGCGUCGAAAGUCUCGAAUUUCUGGCCAACAAAAACGAAUGUGGUCUUGUGGUGUUCGGUAGCAGCAACAAGAAACGACCCAACUGUAUCACUAUGGCACGUGUAUUCGAUUCCAAGAUCCUUGACAUGUGCGAAUUGAUGCUACUGCCGCACCCCGACGCUGAGCAACAUACUGAUCUGGCUAUGCAUAUCGGCAUCGGAUUGCGGCCCAUGAUCCUCUUCUCAGGCAGUUCUUGGGAAGACUCAACCUCAAUGGCACAUGUCAUGCUGAAGAGUAUGUUCCUGGACCUGUUCAAGGGUGAGACGAGUGACAAGAUUGACGUGGAGGGGCUCCAAUAUAUUUUGAUGAUCGGUGCUGAGGAGCCCACUGAAGGGUUGGCUCCUGUUGUUCACUUGCGGUGGUAUAAGCUCCGGACGAAGCGUAGUGGCCACAAGCUCCCGCGGGUGGAGCUGGAGGAGAUUGGGCCCAAGUUCGACUUCAAGGUUGGACGUCUGCAGGAGGCCCCUCGGGAUGCGAUGAAGGAGGCUAUGAAGCAAGGCAAGAGGCCCAACGAGGAGAUCAAGAUGAAGAAGAACAUCAGCAUGGAUUCGAUUGGUGACAAGAUCGGUCGUGUUCACCUGGGCAAGCAGGAUCUCAGCGGCUUGCAGACUCGGAAAAUGAAGGGAUUGAAGCGCCGUGCAGGUGUGGAGUCGGAUGACGAUGAGGAUCAGGACAUGAUGGACGUGGAUGAGAUCUCGGAGGAUGAAGGACGCAAGAGAGCUAAGACGGCAUGAAGCUCGUGUUGAAAUGCAUUGUCAUGCAAUUUGAUUCUUUCCGAAUUAUUAUAUCUAUCUAAACUGCGCACGAGGCGUUUCUGGGGGUUCGGUUUUCAGCACCUAGCUCAUAUUUGAACCUGUUCGAUACGUGUUUGUUACAUAGACGUUUGCAAAUAAAAAAGUUCU